UCACCAUUGACGAGAUGGAGGGUGUGGUCAGCCUGGCCCGGCCCCUGGACCGUGAGACAAGGGACUCCUACAGCCUGACAGUGUGCGCCGUGGACCAGGGAAGCCCACCGCUGUCAUCCACCACGCAGCUCAUCGUCACAGUCUCAGGUCUUCGUGGAGGUCGAGGACGUGAACGACCACAUGCCCCAGACGGAGGAGCCCGCCUACCACACCUACGUGGCCGAGAACCUGCCGCCGGACACCUCCGUCAUAGCGCUGCGGGCCUCGGACGGCGACCUGGCGCCCUCCAACAUCUCCUUCGCCAUCACCAAAGGGAACCAACUGGCGCGCUUCGAGAUACACCCGCAGACAGGCGCCCUCACAACCCUGGUGCCGCUGGACAGGGAGGAACAGGCGGAGUACGAGCUGUGGGUGCGGGUGAGCGACGGCCAGCUGUCCUCCGUCACCCCGGUCUUCAUCACCGUGAGCGACGUCAACGACAACCCGCCCGAGUUCCUGGAGCCGCUCUACCGCGUCACCGUCCCCGCCCGCAGCAAGACCAAGAAACGGGAGGCGCUCUUCAGGGUAAGUGGCCCCCUGCUUGAAGGCUUACACGCUCUUUAUCUCUCAUCAUAAACAGUCUCAA